AUGAUAACGAUUUUGACGAAAAAGACAUGCGUAAAAUGUGCGACAAAUUCCGGUGUUGUCACUUGCGACGGAUGCCAUCAGUCUUUUUGUCAACAUCAUUUAUCUGAACAUCAACAAGAGCUUGUACAACAAAUGGAUCGAAUUAGUGAUCAAUGUGAACUUUUUCGACAGGGUCUCCUACAACAAAAUGAUCCAUCGCCAAUUUUAUCUGCCAUUGAUCUUUGGGAAGAAGCAUCGAUUAAAAAGAUACAGUUGAUAGCUAAAAAUGCUCGAACCGAAGUUCAUCAGUUGACUAAGCAGACGCUGAAGGAUUUCAAUGAAUCAAUAGAUAAGAUUACUACGAGUAUGGAGUCCAGUCGCAAGACAAGUGACGCGACAGAAAUCGAUAUUAAAAAUUGGACUCGACAGUUUCAGACAUUGCAAGAAUUGAUCAAACAACCAUUUCCAAUUGGUGUUGGCACUGAUGAAAAAUCCACAUCUAUUAUUCGUUUUAUCAAAAUAACCUAUGAUUCACUCAUAUAUAAUUCUGCUCAAGCAAAAGUGAACAAAGAGCAGCAAUCGUCUGUCAAGUUGGAGUCGCAUUCUUCAUUUUUGCAAGAAAUAAAUACAGCUGCUGAAGAACGAUUUUAUCAGGUUGCCGGACGCGUAAAAUUAGCAGAGAAUGGUUCAGUUGCGACAUGUGUUGGCUAUUCGAGUAUCUAUGGUAUCAAACUGUAUGCUUCGGGAAAACAUAGCAUACGAUUUCGAGUCGUCGCCAAGAAAAACGAAGGUAUUUUUUUCGGUAUAUUGACAUCGGCGCAAGAGAUGACAGCUCGAUCAACAGAAAUGCCAUCGGCCUAUGGUUGGCGAGAUUUCGAUCGGGCUAUCAUCAAUGGUAAUGCUCAAUUGAAAGGCUACAGAGAAAAAAAUAUUGAACCAGAUGAUCAAAUGACAUUGACUAUUGAUUGUGAUCAUACUGAACUGGCUCUCACUCAUCAUCGGCUAAAGAAGAAAGUUCAAUUAUCCGUCGAUUUGAACAAUUGUCCACUCCCAUGGAGAUUACUUGUUACAUCUUAUGGCGAAGACAUAAUCUCUAUUGUUCGCUAG